CCAACCCUGUUCUCCCUUCCGUACUUUUCGUUCUCCUCUUCUACUACUUCUUCUUAUCUCGAUUAUCUUCGUCGGCAGUCAAACUGUCUUACAGUCGUGACUCUCACAAUGUUUUCAUUGAUGCCUUCCCCUUCACUUAUUGCAGACAAGUUCAUCGGAAAUCGAAGCUAAGGUACUAUACGAGAUCUGCAACGACAACGGAGUCCGCGGGCCACCGAAUCUUCCACCUCUGUUCUGUUCUGUUCUGUUCUGUUCUGUUCCAUCGUUGAGAUGUCUGUGCCGGCUACAAUGAGAGUAACCAAGAUUCCUUCCAUGGAUCUCACAAUGACGAACCUCGCCUACUGCUCCCCUGCUGAUCUCCACCACUUUGCUGACACGGGGACAAAGCUUUUCGUGGCCUUGCUUGCCGAUAGAGUCAUUCUUAAUCUUGCAUAUCCUUUCAAGCUCUACUCUUUUUUUUUUUUUUUUUUGGUUUGCUUUCUUUACAAUCAGGCAAAACUAAUCAAUCGUUGAGCAACUUGGUUUAAUCAAGUAAAAUUUGGUUUAAUCAAACAAUUAGGUGUUGUUUGGGGAAGGGUUUUGGUUGUGGGAAGGAAAUUCUAUUUACCGCUUUUGUUUCCAUGCUUGUGUGAAUUAUGAAAGAUUUGGUUGGAAUCAUCUAGUUGCUGAGUUGAAGCGUUCAGUGAAAGAAACCUUUUUUUUUUUUGGUAGAAGAAAGAAACUUUCAGCUCCUACAUUGUUACGAUGUUUCUGUCGACUGAUGUGUUUAAUGUUGUGGCAUUGUCUUGCAUUUUGACUGGCUUUGUCAUGGAGAUCUUGAAGGCUACUGUUUUUUUUUUUUUUUUUUUUUUGCAUCUUUGUUUGGUAAAUUCUGAUGUAUCUGCCGGGAGUGAACACUUUCUUAACCUAGUCUUACUUCCCAUCAAAGCGUUGAGAGAGGGCAUAUUGCGCUCAAUGGUGCUCAGCGCCGGUGUAUUAAAGUUUCUUCUGGUGAUGAAGUUUCUGUCAGCAGGUUCAUCCCUCCCAAUGACUUUGACCUUGCAUUGCUCAAGCUCAAGCUGGAAUUUGUGAAGAAGGAAGCAAGUAGAACUGAACAGGUUGAUGCUGUUGUGCUGUCCAACCAUCUUAAGAAAAUAUUUAUGAACCAGGUUAUGAGUUCAGGGCAAAGAGUAACAUUUGAGUAUCAUAUGACUGCCUACAUUUUUACCGUUAAUCAAGUUAUUAUGAAGGGCCAAGAAAAUUCUGGUGAUGUUGAAAGAGGGAUGAUUUCUAACGACACCUCCUUCAUCUUUGAAGCAGCAAAUACUAGUAGCAUAAAGUUUGUCAAUCAACAUGAAGCAGCCAGUAGCAAUGUUCUUAGGGAUGACUUCAAUCCACAAUCACUCGGCAUUGGUGGCUUGGGUGAACAGUUUGCAUAUAUAUGUCGAAGAGCCUUGCUAUCUCGUUUUGUCCCUCUUCAGAUGUUUCACAAGUUGGGGAUUAACCAUGUGAAAGGCUUGCUGCUUUACGGACCUCCUGGAACAGGAAAAACUCUGAUGGCUAAUCAGAUCGGGAAAAUAUUGAACGGAAAGGAACCUAAGGUUGUUCGUGGUCCUGAUAUCGUUAGUGAGAUGAUUGGUAAAACUGAAAAGAACAUUAGAGAUCUGUUUGCAGAUGCCGAAAAUGAUCAAAGGAAGCAUGGUGAUCAAAGUAAACAUCAUGUGAUAAUCUUUGAUGAAAUUGAUGCUAUAUGCAAGGUAAAGUACUAGCCAAGUUUGCCCUGGAUGCAGUGUUUCUUAAACUUUAGUUGCAGUAGUGAUGAAAUCUAGAUCACAACGAUAUGGUAAUGAAAUUUUAUCCCUUGAAAUGGUUUAAAAUUCUUCCUAUGAAAUUAUCCUAAAUGCGGAUUAAACAAUUUUGAUUCAGCUGUUAACUUAUUAAUUAUACUUUUUUGUCGUAAUUGUCUGCCUUUUUCUGUUAGUUUAUAAAUUUUUUGUGUCCAUUCCUGGAUAUCAUUUCUUAGUUUAACUUUGCAGAUGGGAGGAUCAACAAGGGCUGCUGAAGUAGCUCGUCACCGCAUCGUACAGCAGUUGGCUACAAAGAUGGAUGGUAUGAAGGCGCUGAACAAUAUCUUGCUUAUUGGAGUGACCAAUAGAAAGGAUUUGCUCCCCGAAGAACUAUUAAGACCGGGCCGGUUCGAGCUUAAAGUGAAGUUUAGCCUUCCUGAUGAAAGUGGUCGCCUCCAGAUUCUCGAGAUUCUUACAGACAAAAUGGAGAACUCCUUUCUUGCUCCUGAUGUGAACCUUCAGGAGCUUGCUGCUCGCACAGAGAAGUACAGUGGUGCAGAGCUUGAAGCUUUGGUGAAUAGUUCCGUGUCGCGUGCUUUCAACAGAGCGUCAAGUGUCCAUUCGACGAAGAUGGGUUUUGAUGAAGAGAGUUUCAAAAUCACAAUGGAAGAUUUCUUGCAUCAACUGCACCCAUUAGCGGUCCAGGCCUAGUGGAAUGAUGGAUUUCCAAUCAACAUAAUCAAAUUAUUGAGAGGGCCAUGGAGAUCUGACAUUAAGGGGAAUGUAUGAUCUGACAAUAAAGGGAUCGUUUGUUGGUCCGUUCAAAAUUUUGAUUUUGAAAAAUGAAGAAUUAGGGGUAAAUGACACAUUUGGUCACCGAGAUUACUAAAUCGUGUCAUAUUUAGUCACUAGAAAAAUUUAAUAUCAAUUUUGGUCACUCGAAUUACUGACACAGGUCACAUUUGGUCACUCUUCUGUAGCCUCUGUCCAACUCCGGUCACUCGAAUUAUUGAAAAAUGUCACAUUUAGUCACUCGUAUUACUGAAACAUGUCACAUUUAGUCACUCUCCCAAAAGUUUCCGUCCAACUACAUUAAUGGAGUUGGACGGAAACUGACGGAAGAGUGACUAAAUUUGACCAGUUUCGGUAAUUCGAGUGACCAAAAUUGAUAUUAAUUUUUUCUGGUGACUAAACAUGACAUAAUUUAAUAAUCUCAGUGACCAAUGUGUCAUUUACCCGAAGAAUUAGUGACCAAUUUGGAUGAUUAUGGCUUUCAUAAGAUUGUUGUUUAGUUGGAUUGUGUGAAUUAUUAAUUAAUAUUAUUAAGCCGU